CAAUUUUAAGGGGACUGAAAUAUUAAGGGGGGGGGGUCAAUUUAUGUGAUAAAGAAAUAUACAAGUGACUUUCGAUGUAGACAGACUUUUCAAGACUACUCUAGCAGCCACAUGGAUAACACAGAGAUGAAAAAGACAAGUGUAACGAAGGCGCAUUCAUUCAGUGUUCAACCUACGAUAAAGUACAGCAGGCUACAGAGGACGAGCGUGUCGGAUCCAUUGCUGAAAGCUCAAAUUGAACAGCACGAAGCGUUUAGAAGAGAAUGCUUGUCGAAAGCAAUACAGUGUAACCUGCCUGACAUAGUGGACAGAACCAAACCACACAAGCGCAUUCCAAUACCCGAAGGACUGAGCGAUGAGGAGAUUUCCUUUAUUCAAAGCAGAAGUAUAAGGAAAAACAACAAUUUAAGGAAGCUAUUAACGGUGCUUGUGAAGAAAGAUUUCGUGACAAUGACUAGAUGGGUUAGAAGUAAUUUGGACGAAGGUGUUCAACAGAUGAUACAAAACACCUAUGAUGAAUUCCGUGAUGAGGAACUCAAUACAAGCAAAUUUAGAUGUCUACGCUGUAGAAUAACCCUAGUCACAUGCGUUAGCCAUGUGGCAGACGCAUUGAAAAGUGCAGAAAUUUUAUCGGAUGAACUAUAUUUAAAGGUCAUAGAUACCGAUCUCAAGGUAGGGGCUCAAAAAAUAGUUUGGAAUAAUGUCUUUGAAGAAUGUGCAUGCUCACAGAGUCACAAAAGAGUGCAUUGUGCCUUCUUGGCUGUUUUCUAUAACCUAAUUGACAAAAGUACGGGUAAAGUAAAGAGAGAUUACGAAGCUAUAUAUGAUGACAUUUCAAAGCUUAAUUCCGAUUCCAAAGACCUACUAUUAUGCCAAUGUCAAAAACUAUGCUCAUCAGCAUUUCACCCUGUAUCAUGUGUCAAGCUUUACACGACAAGUAAUCUGUCUCACAGUUCAAACCAAACAUCGCACGCGUCUGGCUCUUCACAUACUUUUUUGAAAGAAACAACGGUACCUGAGCCAUUGGUGGUGUCAGAAAAACUAGGAAAUCAAACACCUGCUAAAAACAUGAUUCAAAAAUAUCAGAUUUAACACUAAUGUCACCUCAGUCGGAAUCAAGUAUUUCCUCAGAAUGUUCAAUGUCGACUGGAAGCAGUGUCUACAACGGAAGCGUUGAUAUGUCUGAAGAGGAUAUUGGAAAGUCGAAAAACACUUCAGAUGUGCACUGUUCGGCUUUUAACAACAGACGAGCGAAAAGAAAGGACAGACACAUGACGUCAACACAUAAUGGGAACCAUGCUGACGUGAUAAGGAACGCGUCGUUACGAUUAAUGCCUGUAAUGAGCUUAGGAAAGCCUUCUUCCGCAAGUACGAGUAAUCACUGUAAUCAGCGCGUAUCCAAAACAAGAAUAAUAGCCAAAGCGGAAGACCGCAGACAAUUUUUGGAAAUAAAUAACGCUAAAAGCGUGUACGUUGGCAGUUCUGUGGUUCAUGUCAAUGAUAGUGAUUCAUCAAAUGAAUAGUCGGAAAUCUGUGCAGCAAUAAGAGAUUUUGAAGAACAUGUAACUAAAUGGGGUUUAGUAUUAACAUUGCACCGCUAUUUUAAAGCCAACAUACAUAUACAUUGUAAUUAAAAUGAUCGGUUAUUUAAUUGGCGAACAUCAUUGGUAUACAAUAGAGGGAUAAGUCGAUUGUGCUUUAUGUACUUUUGUGUGUUUAAAAGAUCUAUAAUGAUUCCGAUGUCGUUAUGAUAUUUUAAGAAAAUUAUUCAGUGAACAGUAUCCCUGUUAAAGUACUUGCUGGGUACAAUGUAAUGAUAACUGAAAAACUGAAAAUGUAUAUUAAUGAAUGACAUACAUAAAUGAUAUGAUGUGUGUAUGUGAAUCGCAGUUUAAAAUGUACACAAUAUACCAGUAUGGUACUCUGAUCGCUUUUACAUAUCGUUUUAUUUUGUAGCACUCAACUUAAAAAGGCAACAUUUACGCCAUUGACAAAAUACAAUGAAUUUACAGUUUUGCGGGAAUAACCAAUGAUUCUAUGCGACAAGCUUUGUUUAGUUUAUAGUUUAGUUUGCAUAUAAUUCCAUGAACGUUUGAUAUUCUCACGAAUCAUAAGUAAUGUAACAUGUUACUUAAGAUCAAUUAAGAGUGCUCAAAAAGGAUGCAAUCCAUUUAUAUCAAGGGACGUUUUGCAUGAAUAA